ACCUCCAAAUCUCUCUCUCUCUCUCCAGAAAGAUGGAAUUGACUCCAUUGGCAUCAUCUUCUUCUAAAACCCAAUCUCCUCCUCUUCCUCCUCCUCCUUCAAGUGGUGUUAUUAUGAGCCCUUGUGGUGCUUGCAAAAUUCUGCGUCGUCGCUGCAUCAGCAACUGUCUUUUGGCUCCCUACUUUCCUCCUACUGAUCUAUUUAGGUUCAGCGUUGCCCACAGAGUCUUUGGAGCUAGCAACAUCAUCAAGUUGUUGCAGGAACUUCCAGAAUCACAAAGGGCAGAUGCAGUGAGCAGCAUCGUGUAUGAAUCGAAUGCUAGGAUUAAAGACCCGGUUUAUGGUUGUGCAGGCAUAAUUUACCAGCUUCACAAGAAAGUUACCGAGCUUCAAGCAGAAUUGGCUAAGACACAAGCAGAGCUUGUUAGCAUGCAAUGCAUGCAAGCUAUGGAUACAUCACAAUCUCAACAACAAAAUCCACCCUAUGAUAACUCAGGCUUUUCUUUUGAUGGCAGCAAUGUUGGCUUGCCUUGGGAACAUCCUUGGACAUGAACAAAUCUUGAAAGAAAGUUCAAAGUUUAAAUCUCUUAUGAGUACUAAUAAUGAAGUAUUUGAUCCCUUGAUUGUACUUAAUUUUUCGGCAGGGAUAUUCGAUCCCCAAAAUUUAUGUCUUUCGAUUUCAAAAAUAUUGAAUUUUGUUUUGGGACUAUUUGUCUUGAGAUUUUCAAUCACCUGGUGAUUAUGAGUUGGAGACAGAAAUAAGACGAUUUGAGAACAAAGUAUUCUUUGUUGGAUUUUUCUACCUUGUAAUUUCUCGAGAAAAAGAAAAUAGUGUAAAAAAUAAAAGGAUAAAUUACAA